AUGAAUGAUUAUAAAGUUGAAGAAAUUAAAGGCAUUGGCACCAACAUUGUCAUUUGUCCUAAACCACAAAGAGUUGGGGUUUUUCCUAACAUAUCAACAAGGCCAUUAAGAUGGAAAUGUUUCCAACAAGGUGAAGAGUUGAAUUCUGAAGCAGGUGAAGAACUUCUAGACAUCGUUUCCAAAAAGAGAUAUGGACAAGAAGGGGAUGCAAAUCAGGCAGAAGCCUUCUCGCCCCCAUUUUUUAUUGGCUCUCCUCCUAUGAGAGUAACUAAUAACCCUUUAAUCCAAGAUGAACAAUUUGGAUGUGAAAAACAUACUCUUCAUUCAACACCUCCAGUUUCAUCAUCACCAAAUUUAUCCUCACCAUCUUCUCCCUUGAGGAAAGGAGGGUGCGUUAGAAUGAAGUUUGGAAUUAAAUCAACUGUCGUUAGAGUAGUAGGGUUUGAUUGCAACGUUCCCACUUUUGCUUAA